CCCGCAAUUUCGAUCGGAUAUUUUCAUCGCCCAUUUUUUACUUUCUGGGCCCUUCUUUAGUUUCUGCUCUUGUUUUCCAAUCGAAUUCCUCGUCGGAAUCCGCCAUGGCCGCGGCCUUAAGGACGAACACGUCGAGAGAAACCGCGUCUCUCACGCUUUCUCAGUUCAGGUACUUCAUCUUCAACCGCGUCCACAGCGGUAGGGCAGCGAGUUCUCAGUGCAAUCACCGUACCAAAUGCGAUGAUCCAUUAACCAACGUCACAUCGUUCAAGCCCAUUGUUCUCGCCGGCAUGGUGGUCGAGAAAGGACCGAGUGUCGUGGAUCAUCGGAGAGAUAACCGCAAUCCGAGCAAGAGUUUCGCCACGAAUUGUGGCAAGUCUGCUAUGUCGAGCUCGUACGGAGAUCCACCAGAUGUGUGGCAGCCUCCGGUAGAUGAGGUUACGGUUCGGAUUAACGGAUCAACCGUUAAUCUGGGUCGCGGCGGCGGAGGAGCAAGUCCCGGGUCGGGUAACGGAGCCGGGUCGAGUUCAAAGGACGAGUCUUGGGGUGGAUCCAAUCUUGGACCUAGCUUUCCGACACCGAAGGAGAUAUGCAAAGGUUUGGACAGAUUCGUGAUUGGUCAGGAGAAAGCAAAGAAGGUGCUCUCGGUGGCAGUUUACAAUCACUAUAAGAGGAUACACUACGAGUCUUUACAGAAACGGCCUGCUGGAGAAUCAGGCAGUUCAACAGCGAAAGCAACGGAUGAUGAAUUCGUAGAAUUGGAGAAGAGCAACAUUCUUCUAAUGGGACCAACCGGCUCAGGGAAGACAUUACUUGCGAAAACUUUGGCACGGUUCGUCAAUGUCCCUUUCGUUCUUGCUGAUGCCACCACAUUGACUCAGGCUGGUUAUGUAGGGGAGGACGUUGAGUCUAUAUUAUACAAACUUCUCACUGUCGCCGAUCAUAAUGUUGCGGCUGCACAGCAGGGCAUUGUUUACAUCGAUGAAGUAGACAAGAUAACCAAGAAGGCGGAAAACCUUAACAUAAGCAGAGAUGUCUCGGGAGAGGGAGUGCAACAAGCCUUACUGAAAAUGCUGGAAGGAACGAUCGUAAAUGUUCCCGAGAAGGGAGCUAGGAAGCACCCGAGAGGUGAUAAUAUUCAGAUAGAUACAAAGGAUAUACUCUUUAUAUGUGGGGGUGCUUUUGUGAACAUAGAAAAAACGAUCUCCGAGAGGCGACACGAUUCUUCUAUAGGUUUUGGUGCGCCAGUACGAGCUAACAUGAGGGCUGGUGGUGUGACCGAUGCUACCGUUGCAUCGACCCUGAUGGAAACUGUGGAAAGCAGCGACUUGAUUGCGUAUGGUUUGAUACCCGAAUUUGUUGGAAGAUUUCCUGUUCUUGUCAGUUUAUCUGCUUUGUCUGAGAACCAGCUUGUGCAGGUCCUGACAGAGCCGAAAAAUGCGCUGGGAAAGCAAUACAAGAAGAUGUUCGAGAUGAACAGGGUAAAGCUGCAUUUCACGGAAGGAGCGUUGAGGCGGAUAGCUAGAAAAGCGAUAACUAAAAACACAGGGGCUCGAGGUUUACGUGCCCUUUUGGAGAGCAUCCUCGUGGAUUCUAUGUACGAGAUUCCGGACGUAAAGACGGGGGAUGACGCGGUAGAAGCCGUGGUGGUUGAUGAGGAAGCCGUUGAGUCGGGAGGAGCGAAGAUUCUUCGAGGCGAAGGUUCAUUGGAUCGGUAUCUUUCUCAAACCACCAUGUCCGAUGAAUCUUCUUCCCAGAGGAGAAAGGAAGGGCCGGAGGGAGAGGCAGAGGUAGAAACAGAGCUUCCAUCGGUGGUAGCCGUCAUGUAAAUAAAAAAAUGGGACUAUUAUCCAUUAAAAUGUAUCUUUUCAAAACCUUGUCUUGUCUGUACAUAAUAAACAAAGACAACAUUCGAUUAUGUUUGUAGAUCAAACAAAAACAAUGGAAGGUUGUUUUUUUUUUUUUUA